UUAGAAGACGGCGAUGACAGAAAAUACGUGGAAGUAAAACGGACGAGUGUUGUGAAUGUUUCUUUCCCGUGAUUUGAAAAUAAAACUGGAAUUAUUGAUUGGUUAGUGCUUCGAAACAAGAUUUUAACAAGCCUCACUGCUUAGGAAUAAUGGCUCCGACGAGGAAACCCAACGAAGGUCUGCUAGCGCGGGUGAACUUUCCACUGUACGCGAUCGAAAUGCUAACUAGUCGACACGUCCUUGUAGCUGGUGGAGGCGGAGCCUCGAAGACUGGAGUCGCCAAUGGAUUUGAAAUUUAUGAAAUAUACCACAACGGCGAAAAGUACGUGGCAGACGAGGUGGUUCGACAUGAAACAGGACCCACAGUGGUUAUGAAUUGCGCUAUCCGGAACGAUGAAAAGCGUACUCUGUUGCUCGCCGGCCAAGAAAGUCACUGCCAGAUGUACCUGGUAAAUCCAAUUAUUAGUUCGUCGGAAGGAGAAGUUGUCGGUGGAAAAUCCGAUAGUGUAGAAGGAUUGCGCAAACGUAAAAACGUGUCCUAUCAGCCUCAAGCAAACGGGCAGGUCAGUCCGCAACCAGUGAAUCAGAAAAAGGGUCAACACGACAAGGACCGGGUUAGAAAACAAAUUAGAUUUGAAAUUAAAACGGGGGAUUCCGUGCAGACAGAUUUUACCGAAUCGGAACCAUUGCAGAGGGUUGUGAGAAUCAGUCCAAAUGGACGAAUCAUGGCUACCGGAGGAAUGGACGGUCAUUUGAGGCUAUGGAAUUUCCCAAAAAUGACACUACUAUCUGAUAUCUCAUCGCAUACUAAGGAAAUUGAUGAUUUGGACUUCAGUCCAGAUAGCAAACACAUUGUGUCGAUAGCGAAAGACGGUAUCGGUGUGAUAUGGUCCAUUAAUCCUGACAAAGAAUCAAGACAGUUAACUUGGAAUCCACCGGAAGGAAGUCGCUACCUUUUCAAACGUUGUCGGUAUGGUCUCGUAGAAGGUCAAAAAGAUAAGCAUCGAUUGUUCACCUUAGCGAACCCUUUCUCAAAAUCAGGGAAACCUAAAGGAUUGCUUCAACAGUGGAACCCGGAUGCCGGUCGCUUAACUCGGGUGGUGGAAAUCGAUGAGUCGCUCGCAGCUCUUGCCGUUCGAGAUGACGGACGCUUUGUGGCUGUUGGCACUAUGUUUAGUGGCUCGGUGUCGAUCUAUAUUGCAUUUAGUUUGCAGCGGGUACUGCACAUUCCAAAUGCACACGCGAUGUUUGUGACCGGUUUAGAGUUUCUACCGGUCACCAACUUUGAUGGGCCAGCCGUAACGGGCGACACUGAAGCAGCUGUUCUAUCUAUCUCGGUGGAUAAUCGGGUUUGUGUACACAGUCUACAGUAUAGACAUUCUCUACCGGCCUGGGUCGCAAUUUUUGGAAUUAUACUGAUAUUGUUCGUUACGUUCUGCUUUUGUUCGUACAUUGGGCUGUGAGAGAGGCUGAGUGAUGUAUCAAUCAAUACUGGUAUUUGUUAAUGUUGUAUAGUUUCAAGAACUGCAGAGCAUAUGAAAGCAAUUUUGUAGGAAACUUAUAAAUGCCUAGAUUCAGUUUUGACUUACUUGACAAGACGCAUACACGCAAAUAGCUCUUUUUAAGUGAGAGAUGUUAAUUUAUUAUACUGCUUUAGUAAAUCGUAAUAAAAUGUUUGGUAGAAGAAAUAUACGCAACGGUUCGAAUCAAUAA